AUGAACCCCGAAAUGAACAAGCUCCUCAAAUGGAGUGUCACCAACUCUCAGGCAUCUUUGGACGCUGAAAGCGAGGAAGGCGCUCCUAGCGCACCAGCUGCUACAUCGAAUCUGACCCCACAGAUGAUUAGCACGCUUUUCGGUGGUCCUUCGGAGGCCGAUUUGAUGCGCGCAGCCAUGGAGGUCGCGCACGACAACGAGUCUGACCUGGAGAACAAAUUGAUCGCAUUGGACAACUUUGAGCAGAUGAUCGAAGGCAUUGAUAAUGCGAACAACAUCGAGCCACUGGGCCUAUGGGCACCGCUUAUCAAAUUGCUCAAGCACGAUGAGGCUGAGAUCAGACGCAUGGCGGCCUGGUGUGUAGGCACAGCUGUGCAGAACAACCCUAAGUCGCAGGACAAGGUCGUUGUUCUCAAUAUCCUGCCCGACCUCGUCUCCCUCGCCACCACAGACUCCAAUGCCGCAACACGCAAGAAGGCCAUCUACGCCAUCUCCUCCGCUGUGCGAAACCACCAGCCUGCUAUGGACGAGUUGACCAAGUGCCUGCCGGAGGGCUACCCCACCGACAAGACUGACGCCGCCGACAUGGAGGCCAUUGGUGCUAUCAUAGAGAAGCUGCGAUCCCACCCGGUUGACGCCUCGGCAUGA